GUCUCAUCCCCGGACUCCAGUGACCGGGUUCUCGCUGUGAUGUUUCGCGCGGUGGGUCUGUCUCUCCGGCCGGAGCGGGAAGUCACUGAAUAUGACCGAAAGAAGCUUAUUAAAGUAUUUCACGCCUGUGAUCGCGAGAACAAGGGCUGUUUAAACAGAGAAGAUCUGAAAGUGGCAGUGGUGAUGCUGUUUGGCUAUAAGCCUUCCAAGUUGGAAGUGAAUUCCAUGACGUCUUCUCUGCCAGACACUGCAGGGGUGACUCUUGAUGACUUUCUGAAAAUGAUGACUAUAAAGAAAGCAGCCCAGUUAAGCAUCGGAGACCACAGACAGAUCUUCUCGAUGUUUGAUGCUCAUUGUCGUGGUUAUCUAACAGCGGAUGAUUUUAAACGCGCCUUCAAACACGUGUGCCCACACAUGUGUGAACAGACAGCGGUGGAGGCGUUCCGGGAGGUCGAUCGGGACGCCGAUGGAAUGGUUUGCUACAGAGAUUUUGAAUUUGCCGUCACCUAUGGCGAGGAUGAAGAAUAAUCACCUGUUAUCGGUAUCAUGGAUGGUUACUUCACGGAAAGACGC